AAAGAAUAUGAGGUCAAAUUUAGGAAUACGUUGUCGAGAUGGCGACCCAGCAGGGUGAUUCAUACUGGUUUUUGGUAAAAAAACUGAAAUUUUGCCUGCUAACUAGGGAACAUUUUAGACGAUCGCGAAUAGCAGUUAGUAAUUGGUCAAAAAAAUAGAAGCUGGCUUUGAUCCUGACACGAGCUAAAACCGCACUGCACACUGUAGAUUUUUUCACAUUCGAACUGCUAAACCUUUGAAGCAACGAGUUUCAUUCGUAAUUCUAGAAGCGAUACCCUUUAAGAAUUUACAUUUAAAACUAAAAUGCAUCUUACAAAACCUUGCUUAAAGCCUGUACACAUUUGUAUAAUAUUUUCAUCCAACCUCUCAAUAUAUGUAAAUCCAUGCAUAUAAACUAUCUACACUCCCAGCGACUUUUCCAGAGCAAAGUGAAAGCAGUCAAGCUUUCUCUUUCCUCCCUACUCGACUGGGGAAAUAGAGCCACUUCUUCUCCCAAGACGGAGAAAGUCAGCGCAAAAUUCUCGCCAUUCUCACGCCUCAGUUUCAUACAUAUAUGUACAUACAUACAUAUUUCUAUUAGUCUGUCUUCUCUCUCCUCCAAAAUAUCCGUAUUUGGUUCGGAGUCGGAGCUCAACGCACGAAUUUUUGCAUUGCCUCCCCCGUACGUAAUCCCGACUGCCUCCUUCGUCAUAUUCAUUCCCACAGUCCACUGCAAUUCUAUAUAAACAAACGAAUUCCCCCGAGUUUUCCACAACCUGCGUUGGCUUCGCUUCGCUAUAACCUUGACUUUCGCAACUAUUGCGAAUUGAAAAACAAUAACAAAGCCAUCAUUUUUCCUCCCGUAUAAAGCUAGGAAAUUUGCCUUAUCUUCAAAAUGAUGACCGUUUGGGGCGGUGCCCCCACCAAAGUUAUUACCCUGCCUGACAUCGUUAUUCCCCACCCAGCCAAGGAACUCGGUCUCGCCACCGUGUCCACGCAUAAGGAUAAAUUUGUUGCAAAAUUUGACCUCAUUAAGUUCACUCCGGACGAGGUCGUGGUGAAAGUGGAGGACGGGUUUUUAAUUGUUAGUGGCGAACAUCGGGAGAAAUGUGAAGGUGGCAUAGAGUCUGUUCUCACGAUGAGAUCAUUCUGCAGGAGGAUCCCUCUCCCCUUAAACUCGAAUGAGGAAGCAUUGCAAAGCGAGAUGGGGACGUUUUACGGCAAUUUAAAAGUGACCAUUCCGCAAAAGAUUAUCCCAGGCUCGGGCAAAUUCAAUAUUGUCGCCUUAACGAGGAGGAACAGCAUUUUGGGCGAUAUGGUCACUGCUGGAGCAAAGAAGAGUGGACCACCCCCACUCCAACGACGCGCUUCCUCCAUGGACGUGAUCGGCAGCAAGAACAGUAGCGCAAAUAAUAACAAAUAUUCAAAAGGACCGGACGAUACAGGAAUGGAAUGCACCAAGGAGAGUUUUGUGGUACGCAUCAAAGUACCCGAAUUUUCCCCCGAGGAGAUAAAAGUGAAGACAAUGGACGAAUUUCUUUCCGUUGAGUGCUCCCACAAGGAGAAGAAGGAAGGGAAUGAAUUCAUCACACGCACAUUCAAACGGCGCUAUGCACUUCCAGUAAAUGCCAAAAAGGACGAACUCUUGUGUCGGAUGAGUUUUGACGGCCUGCUCAAAGUGAAAAUCCCCAGAUCACUUUCAUCCGGAGGAAAUGAGAGGAUUCAUCAAGUCGUCGUGGAAAAGAAGAAGCAAACUGAGGACAUUGCGGUUUAAAAUGGCGUAUAGUUUGUGGAAAGUCGAAAAAAAUUCUGGGAUAGAGUGACACAUAAUUAAUUAUUUAUGUAAGACAUGAGAUUUAAUUACCCUUAUGAGAUUAACUUCAGCCUAAAAUAUGCAGUGCAAUAUGUACACAUAAUUUUUAGUAUGAAUGUAUCCCACUGAUAAAUACAUACGGACAAUGUGCAAGCAAUAAUAGCUCAAAUAUGCAUGUAACGCCAGACAGAUAUGUGUACAUAUUUUUAUUUCUAUUAAUUUAUGACGAUAUAGAAUUGGGAAGUAGCAAUAAAUAAAUAAAUAUCUAUGCAAUCAGAAAUAAUG